CUUCCAUAAAUUCCCUCUUUCUUUCUCAGUUUCAUUCUCAAAGAUUGAAACUUUCCUGUCUUUAUUUUUCUUAUGCAGUGAAAGAAACCAGUAAAUAGACAAAAAAGAAAAUUAAAAAUGGAGACAAGUUUAGCUUCCAAGUUCCUCAAAGUUUAUACCUUUACCUUGUUAAUGGUAGCUCAGCUGGUCUUUGGCAAUGUUACCUAUGAUAAGAAGGCCAUUAUCAUUAAUGGGCAAAGAAGAAUUCUUCUAUCUGGUUCCAUACAUUAUCCAAGAAGCACACCUGAGAUGUGGGAAGAUCUCAUAAACAAGGCUAAAGAUGCAAACUUGGAUGUCAUUGAAACUUAUGUUUUUUGGAAUGUUCAUGAACCUUCCCCUGGCAAUUAUAAUUUUGAUGGGAGAUAUGAUCUUGUAAGGUUUAUAAAAACUGUGCAAAAAGCUGGGCUUUAUGCACAUUUGCGCAUUGGACCUUAUGUUUGUGCUGAGUGGAAUUUUGGAGGAUUUCCUGUAUGGUUGAAAUAUGUUCCUGGUAUCAGCUUCAGAACAGAUAAUGAACCUUUCAAGGUGGCAAUGCAAAAAUUCACCAAUAAAAUAGUUGAGAUGAUGAAGAGUGAAAAUCUGUUUGAAUCCCAAGGAGGUCCAAUUAUACUGUCUCAGAUUGAAAAUGAAUAUCAACCAGAAAGGGAGGCGCUUGGAGCAGCUGGUGAAGCAUAUGUCCAAUGGGCUGCACAAAUGGCUGUUGGAUUAAAUACUGGAGUCCCCUGGAUUAUGUGCAAAGAGGAUGAUGCCCCUGACCCUAUCAUAAAUACAUGCAAUGGCUUUUACUGUGAUGAAUUUUCUCCCAACAAACCUUACAAGCCAACUAUGUGGACUGAAGCUUGGAGUGGCUGGUUCGCUGAGUUUGGUGGCACGAUACCUGUAAGGCCAGUUCAAGAUUUGGCAUUUGCAGUUGCUCGUUUCAUACAAAAAGGUGGCUCAUUUGUUAAUUAUUACAUGUUCCACGGGGGAACCAACUUUGGGCGUACAGCUGGAGGACCUUUUAUAACAACAAGUUAUGAUUACGAUGCUCCCAUAGAUGAAUAUGGUUUGAUCAGGGAACCUAAAUAUAGCCAUCUAAAGGAGUUCCACAGAAUAAUUAAACUAUGUGAGAGCGCUUUAAUAUCUUCAGAUCCCACUGUUGUUUCACUAGGAAGCUAUCAGGAGGCGCAUGUGUUUUCGUCCGACAAAAGAAACUGCACAGCAUUUCUCUCAAAUUACGACAACAACUCUGCUGCUAGAGUAGUUUUUAACAACAAGCACUUUAAUCUACCUCCUUGGUCCAUCAGUAUUCUUCCAGACUGCAGCCAUGUUGCCUUCAAUACUGCAAAGGUUGGGACUCAAACUUCACAAGUGCGAAUGACACCAACUGGCUCUCAGCUCCACUCUUGGGGGGCUUAUAGUGAAGAUGUAUCUUCUUUAGAGGACAGUUCAACAUUUGAAGCUGUAGGACUUUUGGAGCAGAUAAAUAUCACCAGAGAUAACAGUGAUUACUUGUGGUACAUAACAAGAGUUGAUAUUAGUCCCUCAGAAUCGUUUCUACGAGGAGGACAGAAACCAACCCUCACCGUCUACUCAAGUGGACACGCAGUUCAUGUUUUUGUAAAUGGGAAACUUUCAGGAUCUUCUUAUGGUACUCGGAAGGACACAAAGUUUACUUUCACAGGACCAGUUGAUCUGCAGGCCAGAACCAAUAGAAUUGAGCUACUGAGCAUUGCUGUUGGCCUGCCGAAUAUUGGAUUGCAUUACGAGGAAUGGAAUACAGGAAUACUCGGGCCAGUUGUUCUUCAAGGUCUCAACCAAGAUCAUAAAGAUUUAUCAUCACAGAAAUGGACAUACAGAGCUGGAUUGAAAGGAGAAACAAUGAACUUGAUCUCUCAACACGAAACGUCUUCCAUUGAAUGGAUUGGUGGUGCACUAGCUACCCAAGGACAACAACCUCUAAAAUGGUACAAGGCUUAUUUUGAUGCACCAGAAGGAAAUGACCCUGUGGCACUAGACAUGAGAAGCAUGGGUAAAGGACAAGUAUGGAUCAAUGGACAAAGCAUAGGUCGAUAUUGGACAGCAUCUGCUAAUGGCAAAUGUGAUGAUUUCCACUAUGCUGGAACAUACAGACAAACAAAAUGUCAACUUGGUUGUGGUCAACCAACUCAGAAAUGGUACCAUGUCCCAAGAUCUUGGUUGAAACCAGCACAAAAUUUGCUCAUCUUGUUCGAGGAAAUAGGUGGUGAUGUAUCAAGGAUACUGUUAGUUAAAAGGACAACUUCAUGAGUUCAGUUAGUUUGUUCUGUAGGCUUAAAUUCAUGCAGAAGGCUUCCAUUAACUAGAGUUGCAUUACAUUUCUUGGAAAAUCCAAGAUCUAGUAGAAUUUCUUGUUUCUUUUUAUUAUUAGAAUAAACCAUUAUGAAUUUCCACUAUGCUUGGCGGAUGUAUAUGUUUGAUGACUUCUGUUCCCAGUAUACAGUUUGGUGUCUCACAUUCUUUCUGAUAUUGGGUAACCAAUGACCUUCAUAAAGAAAACAAGAGCAAGCCCCUAAACACAAUAUCUCAAAUCAUGUUUCAAA